AUGGGUGUGGCUGAACGGACGGAAUUCGUGCCAACGAAAAUACCACCUCGGCCUUUCCGCGGGGGCGGCCGAGAGUUCAAGGAUCGGUCGGGGAUGAAUGAUGGAGGGAAAUUGAUGCUCAUCGCUUGUCUCUGGCUGUACUCUUUAUUGGGGGCAGGAAAGUCUCAUCGUUUCUUCACUGGGGGCAGCGAGUCCUUGUUUUAUUCUCCUCCGGCGGCAUCAACCUGUCCCAGUCCCCGAAGAAUUCCAACCUUGACGUGUCGCACCCCGAUUCCUCGAACAGAGCUGGUGCUGAAGCAGGAGCAGGAGGAGUACCGAAGGGAGGGGAUCACCUGGGUGCACAUCGAGUACUUCAACAAUCAAAUCAUCUGUGAUCUGGUGGAGGAGCCUCACAAGGGAAUCAUCUCCAUCUUGGACGAGGCCUGCCUCUCCGUCGGCAAGGUCACCGAUGUGCUCCUGCUGGAGACCAUGGACCAGAAGCUGAAGGGGCACCAGCACUAUACGAGCAGGCGGCUCAAUCCUCAGGACAAGGCCCUCAGCCAUGGGGAGCAGUUUCGCAUCAAGCAUUAUGCAGGAGACGUGACGUACAGCAUCAUCGGCUUCCUGGACAAGAACAAGGACAGCCUGUUCCAGGACUUCAAGCGACUCCUCUACAACUCCAAGGACGGCAUCCUCAGCUCCAUGUGGCCCGAAGGCGCCAUGGACAUCACCAAGACGACGAAGCGGCCGCAGACGGCAGGGACCCUCUUCAAGAACUCCAUGAUCGCCCUGGUGAAGACCCUGACCUCCAAGGAGCCUCACUACAUCCGCUGCAUCAAGCCGAACGACCAGAAGUCCCCGGUCAUCUUCGACCCCGUCCGGAUCGAGCAUCAGGUGCGAUACCUGGGUCUCUUGGAGAACACGAGGGUCCGCCGGGCUGGAUACGCCUAUCGGCAGAAGUACGAGAAGUUCUUGCACAGGUACAAGAUGUUAUCCCAUUACACCUGGCCCAACUAUCACGCGGGUCCCGCCAAGGACGGGACCAAGUUGCUGCUGGAGGACCGAGGAGUCGCCCACGACGUGGAAUACGGGAAGACCAAGAUUUUCCUCCGAUCUCCUCAAACCCUGUUUGCCCUUGAGCAGUCUCGAAGUCAACUCCUGCCAGGGAUCGUGAUGCUGCUGCAAAAGAUGUGGCGCGGAGCAAUAGCGCGGAAACGGUACCGCCGCAUGCUCGCCGUACGCCGCAUCAUCGAGGCGUACCGGCAGUACCGGAUGCGGAAGUACAUCUUGCAGCUCUGCAAAGCAUUCAAGGACGUGAAGAGGACCCGCGACUUUGGGAAGAGCACGAGAUGGCCGAUCCCGCCGAAGGUCUUGGAAACAGGUGUCAAGUACCUGAAGGUCAUUCACAGGCGGUGGUGGGCCGCCAUGAUCCUUGCUCGAGUGCCCAAGCAGGAUCUCCCUCAGAUGAGAAUCAAGAUCGCAGCAGCCGACGCUCUGGUGGGGAAGCGGACCUCCUGGGGCUUCCAUCGCGACUGGAAGGGGAACUACCUGGGCAUGAUCAGCUUCAACUCCAACAGCGGGACGUUCACUUCCUCCGUCUCGUCCCUUCGCAGCAAGGAUCCCUUUUCUGAGAUCCUGUUCUCGUGUAUGGUGAGAAAGGUGAACAAGCACAACAAGAGCGCAGACAGGGCCAUCCUCAUCACCGAUACCGCCAUCUUCAAGCUGAACCCCAAGAAUUUCCGUGCGAUGAAGAGUGGAAUUCCCCUUAAUAUGGUGACGGGGAUGACCGUGACGCCAGGCGGAGAGCAACUGGUCAUAAUGCACGUGAAAGGAGGGAACGACUUUGUUCUCUCCCUUCAGAGUCCUGUGAACGAAGACCUGGUCGGGGAGGCUGUUGGGGUCCUCAGAAACGCCUUUAGAAGGAAAAUGGGCGGAGCGGAGCUCCCAGUCGGAGUGUCGGCCCGCCCGGGCUGCAGCCUGGGCAACAAGGCCCGCAACAUCACCGUGGAGGGAGACGCCCCGGCGUCCAAGGGGAUCCCCGUCUUCCGGAAGGGCGCGGGGAAGACCAUCCUCUACUCCCCGCCCGCGAGUGCCCAGUAGGGGAAGAUCCUCCAGUUCCCCGCCUGGCGGUGCCCGGGAGACUCGAUCGGGGAGCCCAGUGAACGUUACCGAGGAGUGAUUUCUCUUGGUUCAAAGACAGGAAGUCGUCGUCGUCGACGAUGGUGCCAUGUUUUUUUUUUCCGGUGGUCAUAAUUUGUUGUACUCUUUCAGCGUCUUCACGUAGGGGUUUUAUUGAUCGAUUAUGGUUGCCAUGACGCGAGUGAUGAGAGGACCGAAAUUAAUAAUAAAAAAAAGCAAGCUUUACCACUUGA